UAGGAUUGACAGCACUGUUUUUGAUCGGUCCUUUCCAUCUUUCCAUGUUGUUUGUUGUGAAUAGCUUGUCAAAUUAUAAGAAAUGUUAUUAUAUUAUAAAACAGGAGUUUGUUUGCUAGUGAGCUGAAUUCUGUGUUGGCUAAUUUAUCUAUUAAAAAAUUAUCAAUAAUUUAUAAUUGUAAAUGUGUAACGUUAUGUGCAUGACAAUUCAAAUGUAUCAAAAACGUAUUCAACUUUGAGAGUUUUCAAAUUGUAGGUUAUGAAUUGGGAACAUUAUGAAGCAAGUCUGAUGUAGUCUCAUCUUGGAGAUGGGUGAAAAAUGUUGAAAUAAAUGCUGAUCCAAUCAUAUUUAAUUUACCAAAUUCAACUAAAAUGCUGAUGCCAAGAAGGUUAAUCUACGAGGACACAAGCCACAGUGAGAGAGUCGGUGAUGCAACAACCAUUGCAGAAAGUGAAACUGUCAAUCCUGCUGUAGAGAAUGACACUACACUGUUUGAUGAGUUACUUCAGGAAGCAGUGGCUUCAGAAAGUCACUCCUGAAAGUUUUUCUGUUUGCAAGGAGCCAUUUAGAACGAACAAUGCCCAGGAAUCUAAACAUAUGCCUGAACCGAUCUAUAAAUGCACAAGGAAAUUCGUGGGAUUUUUGGGGGAUUCUUAGCAGCAAAGUGCACCUUGAAACAUCUUACUUGGAUUUAUAUAAUGUACCAAAUAUCCAAAAAUCCUGCUCUGUCUUGAAAUCAAGUCGAAUCAAUAUGACCAACGAAUCCGAGGUAGUUUCAAGAUUUUUGUCAACGAAAAAUAUUCACUUGCCAUCAUCGAAUGAUUGGUUGGACGGCUGUAUUGAAUGGUUCAAGAGUCAACAAGAAAAUUAUUCAACUUCUGAACUUCAAAAUUUUGCUCUGCAGCAAUGGCUUUUAGCGGAUCUAAGGAUGAUCAGUCACGGGUCUCUACCACCAAAUCUGUCAGAUAUAAAUAGUAUUAUGUUAACUGGAACUUAUCCUAUGCAGAUAAACUAUUUUUUCAACGUUGGAGAGUCUGCCUACAGUCAGUAUGAAAAGAUGCGUAAACUGUGUUUGGAUGAUCAGCAAAUUGGAGCUGAGACGCAAGCCAGUUGGAUGCCAAAACCCAAACGUAUGUUAAAAAUGGAAAUCACCGACGGGGUUCAAACCAUUCAAGGCUUUGAAUACUCUUAUCUAACUAAGCUGAAUGAGUCCAUGGAACCUGGGCUCAAGGUGUUAGUCAAAGGUCCUGUAGAGUGUAGAAAAGGUGUGCUUCUUUUGAAAGAUAAUAACAUUGAGAUUUUAGGCGGCGAACUGGACACAUUGGUUGAAUCAAAUCCAGUUGCUCACAUCAUAGCCGAAAAAUUACAAUUCGAUCCAAAUGUUGUUAAAAAUAAUAUAACUCAAACAGAUAAUACAACCCAGCUAUUUUCUCAAGUAAAUGUGGGGAACGAAAAUCGAGCACCUAAUGUAAGUAUUACAAAUGACAUAAAUAAUUCUAGCUUUUGUGCACAAUGAUAUUUUCUUAGCAGU